AAUGCCAGUCUGUCACUCUGUCUCCUCCAAUUGGGUUCUUGAUUUGUUUUUCCACUGGACAAAUCUCUCAUCUCUUUCUCUUCUUCUUACCCUGUCAAUUGAGAUUCUUUAUUUUUAACUAGAGAGAAAGAGAAAGGGAGACAUGAAUCCAAACUGGGAGUUGAAGGAUUGUUGCCAGCGUGAUCAAAAAGUCUUUCUUGCAACUAUUGGGGUCUUCACUGUCGUCAUUCUCGCUUUAUGGAGGACAUUUCUACUGACACCUUUUAAGCUCAUUACUGUAUUUCUUCAUGAAGCAAGUCAUGCAAUUGCUUGCAAGCUCACUUGUGGUGAGGUGGAGGGCAUGCAAGUCCAUGCAAAUGAAGGUGGGGUGACGCAAACACGCGGUGGUGUGUAUUGGCUGAUUUUGCCUGCUGGAUAUCUUGGUUCAUCAUUUUGGGGUAUGGUUCUCAUCCUUGCAUCAACAAAACUUCUCACUGCAAGGAUUGCUGCUGGGUGUCUUAUUCUCUCUCUUCUUAUUGUGCUCUUCAUUGCCAAAAAUUGGACGUUACGCGGGCUUUGCAUUGGAUUUAUCAUUUUUAUUGCCAUUGUAUGGGUUCUACAAGAGACGACUAAAGUUCGCAUUCUCCGCUAUAUUAUUCUCUUCAUUGGUGUUAUGAAUAGUUUGUUUUCAGUUUAUGAUAUAUAUGAUGAUUUGAUAUCUCGGAGGGUUCACUCUAGUGAUGCUGAGAAGUUUGCAGAACUUUGCCCCUGCCCUUGUAAUGGUGCUGCAUGGGGAGUAAUUUGGGGACUGAUAUCUUUCAUAUUUCUUUGUGGAGCUAUUUACCUUGGACUUGUCAUCUUGUCAUGAGGAUUCAUGGAUUUGUGUUUCAACUCUGGGAGAGCAGGAUCUUCUCAAAUUUUCAAUGAAUUUAUGUACAUCUACUUCAAUGGUCUCAUUCUUUUAUCCCUACUUAAUGCGAUUGACAUCUGUAAGUUUAGUUAUUUGGUGAAUGAUGACACUGUACAGCAGAAAUUCUUUCGACAGAGAUUUCAUCAUUGCUUGUGAAGAUGCCAUUUUCUGUCAAUAUAGUCCAUUUGCUGUGCAGGAAGUAGUUUAUCUAUUAGCAGCUCAGAUAUUUGGAUGCUUAAACGUAUUAUCAUUUCAGCUUGUCAAGAUUUUAUGUACAAAGGCGAUUCAGUA